UACGCGACAGGCAGAAGUGAGUUAGCUGAGAUUCGGUUAGAGGCCUCAACCGAAAUACAUAAUCAUAUUCUUCCUUACGUUGACAAGCUUCGUGAUCAUCGAAACAGAGGUCAAAAUGCUGUUUUGUUUGACGGGCAGGACCGGCUAGUUAAGGUGGUCUCUUUCGUAUCGUCAUUGCUGGAUGACAUAAAGAAGCCUAUUCUAAUCAUAGCUUCCACCAGUGCUCUUUCCUUGUGGGAAAUCGAGUUUUCAAAGUGGUCAAAGUCGGUCAACGUUGUAACAUACAAAGGGACCAAAGAUAUUCGGGCUGCCAUUAGAGGGUCAAAAUUUCAAGUCCUUUUAUCUUCUCCAGACGCCGUUGUUGAGGACGUGAAAACGCUUAGUCAUGUUAAGUGGGAACUGUUAGUGAUAGACGAGUGCCAACGCUACACAAUUGCAAUGCAUUUAAAAAAAUUUCGGAAGCUUACGGCUGAUAUGAAAGUUUUAACGGUUUCUGGUGAACCAGCGGAUAUUCUGCAGAGCUACCGAAUCAUUCUUUCGUUGGUUGAUUGUGAAAACGAAAAGUUACAUGCGAAUGCUGACAUGGAAGUGAACAAUGAUAUUAGCGCAUUGAAAGAAAGACUGUCACCGUUUGUUGCAUUUGAGUGCAAGUUCACCACCCUUGAUCUUCAAGAGUAUUGGGUCCCGGUUCAUCUUUCGUCAAUGCAAAUCGAACAAUAUUGUUCAAUUUUAGCUUCGAAUUCGGACACACUCUCUUCAUUAUCAAAAACAGCUUCACUCAACGAUGUCAUCACGCAGAUCCAAAAGUGUUGCGAUCACCCGUAUCUAGUGGACCCCACUUUGCGUAAUUCUACAAAAGAACCUUCUUUGAUCGAUCCAUUGGCUGCUGAAGUCAACGUCAGCGGCAAACUGCAUGUUUUCGACAAGCUCCUGUUGGAGAUUAAACGAUGCGGUUUAAGAGCACUUGUACUAUUUCAUUCAUCGGUUAACUCAGAGAAGAUAUCAACCGGACAUUUUCUAGACGACCUUGUUCAUCAAAGAUUCGGCGAGAAUUCGUACGUGUAUAUCCCGGGGCGGGUUCUUUCUAAUUCUGCGUAUCUAAACAAAAAAGAAGCGUUAGAAAUGUUCAACAAAGCAGAUAGUGAUAGGUUCAUCUGCUUAUGUGAUCACCGUGCUUGUCUGUCGAGUCUUCGACUUUCACGUGUGGAUGUGGUAAUAUUAUUCAACAGUGAUCCAAACCCACUAAAUGACGUAAAAGCCCUCAAGAGGAUCACAAUUGAUUCACAUUGUGAGCGGUUAAACGUGUUCCGGUUAUAUUCAGUAUUCACCAGCGAAGAGAAAGCGUUGAUUCUCUCAAAGCAAGGUACAACUGUCGACGGUUAUAUUAGCUGGAGUGUUUACCACCAGCUGUUAGGAUGGGGCGCGACCUACGUAUUCAGUAAGCUCAAAAGCUGCAGCGAGUCUGAACCUCUGUUUCGUAUAGACGAUUUGGUUCGCGAGUUGUCAACCCUGUUGAUGAACACGCGUGUUGAAACGGAGCGCCCGAUCGUAUCACACGCGCGUAUGCAAGACGGAGCGUAUUCUGGAAGUGUCUUGCUAUUUGGUGAAACUGAAACGGAAACGCACUCGAAAGAAAAAGGAAGUUGUUCUAUUGAUGAGUAUUUGGUUGAUAACAGACAUUCUGUUUUUUGGAGUAAUUUGGUCAAACAAAGUCAACCUGUACUCGAAAACUCGUGUAGCAGGUUGUCUCGGAGAGUUCAAAAGUCGCCGCAAUACUGGUUUGAAGGUAUAAAUGCAACGAGUCCCUCUUUUGUAAGAUCAAAGCCGAGAAGUAAACGAAAAUUGCUAAAAAAUGUCGGAAGAAAACGGGCAGGGCCACAUACACCUUUUGGUACUCGUCAAGCACGUAUGAAUGCGACUGAAGGUUCGAGUCCAAGAACAAAUGGAGGUCAACAGAGUCAAACCGAACAACCGCCACCGGAUACUUCUACGUCUACACCUCUUGACACGGAAAUCGAAAGAAUUCAGAAGGAGCGAGAGAAAAUCACCAAAUCACAUCAAGAAGAGAAAUCAAUGCUGCUUUCUGAAUUAGAAAAAGUGAUUUCCGAGGCGCAAAAGAAGUACGAUGCACUAGUGCAUGACUCCGAGACGAAAUUGGCAGAUGAACUGAAGAUUCUCGAAGACUACGAGAAGCUUGUUAGUGCCAACAAACUUCUGGCGGAGAUUUUGGCGCAAAACUGGCAGGAUGCACUCAAUCCAAAUCAAACCGAGUUCAACCGGAAGAGAAAACAGAAAGACACUAGCGCGUUUAGCAUUCUUCAAAUCCCUGCGUCUGCGCUGGUUCGACCCAAGAACCCUUGUUUGACCCGUGGUCCCACCAGCUUUUUUCCUGCCGGGCCAGGACUGCGCUCUCCAGCUCCUCAUCUAAGGUCAAGUUCAUCGAUGUUUGCAUCAUUACGCAACCUGCCCGCCACUGGUGAACCGUCUCUCUCAGUCAAUUACCCAAACAGUUGACAAACACUGUCCUGUAUAGAAACAGAAUCAUAGUGUUGAGUUUAUCGAGUAUAUAAUAGACUAUAGAGAUCUGACCGGACAGCCAUUUUGAUCUUGCAAGUGUGUCUAUGCACUUGUUAUAGAGGUUUUCGGUAGCUUUUUUAGGUGUGUGUGGUUUAGUAUGAAUAUGAAGAAGUGUUACUUGCAGUUGAGUAAUUCUUUUGGGAAUAUAAAUAGUCGGGGGGGGGGGGGGGGGGAUAUUGCACGGUCCUCCCAACCGCUGGAGUGAUCCCACUCCACAAGCUAGCUCAGCCCCAUAGCUGCCUGGCGGUGAAUACCCCAUCCCGAGCUGAGUCCGUUUCCUUCUGGGAAGAAGGUGGCCGAUUGUCCCCGUGCCUGGACUCGAUAUGUACUCAAAUCAUAUUCAUUCAGAAAUAUAUAGAAUGACAUCCACACAAAUUCAUUGUU